CAUCUAUGGCACCGUUCACACGAUAAGGUCUAGGUCGUAUACAUAUUAAUUAAAAAUAACCACUUGUGUUCCUCGCAUGAGACUUUUCGACAGCUAAAGAUGUCAUCUAAACAAUGACGGAGACUCCCGUAUUACCAAACCGGUCGAGUUAUUUAGGUUUUCUCUUGCUAUAUAAAUGACCAAAGUGUUCUCUCUUUUCUUCAUAUCAAUCAGAGAGAACCAAACAUGAAUCCAAACUCCGACAACAACCAAAGAUGGGAGGCGAAGCUGAAGGACUUAACUUCCAACGUCCAGCAGAUACAAGACAACUUGUUGGAGGAGAUACUCACACCAAACCUGAACACAGAAUACCUCCAACGUUUUCACGUCGAGAGGUUUGAUAAAGAGCUCUUCAAGAAGAACGUACCGGUCGUGUCCUAUGAAGAUAUUAAGCCUUAUAUCGAUCGUGUCGUGAACGGAGAGUCAUCCGAUGUAUUAUCGGCCCGUCCUAUUACUGGUUUCUUGCUAAGUUCUGGAACUUCGGGAGGAGCACAAAAGAUGAUGCCAUGGAACAACAAGUACUUGGACAAUUUAACAUUUGCAUAUGAUCUUCGUAUGCACGUUAUAACCAAGCAUGUGAAAGGUUUAGAACAAGGAAAAGGGAUGAUGUUUCUCUUCACUAAACAAGAAGCCAUUACUCCUUCGGGCUUACCUGCUCGAGUAGCAACCAGCAGCUAUUUCAAGAGCGAAUAUUUCAAGAACCGGCCAUCCAACUGGUACUACUCGUACACGAGCCCUGACGAAGUCAUACUAUGCUCUAACAACACACAAAGUCUAUACUGCCAUUUGCUAUGUGGCUUGGUCCAAAGAGACGAGGUUGUGAGAAUGGGUUCCAUCUUCGCUUCAGUCAUGGUCCGGGCAAUCAAGUUUCUUGAAACUUAUUGGGAAGAGUUGUGUUCAAACAUCCGAUCAGGCCAUCUCAGCGAGUGGAUCACAGACCUCGGUUGUCGUAGUUCCGUGUCUUUGGUCCUUGGAGGACCACGUCCUGACUUAGCAGACACGAUUGAAACAAUAUGCAACCAGAGUUCAUGGAAAGGUAUAGUCACAAGACUUUGGCCAAACACCAAGUAUAUUGAGACCGUUGUUACUGGUUCAAUGGGACAGUACGUUCCCACCAUGAACUACUACUGUAACGACUUGCCUCUCGUUUCAACAACGUACGGUUCUUCGGAGACAACGUUUGGGAUCAACGUAGAUCCUUUGUGCGAACCUGAAGAUGUUUCUUAUGCGUUCAUGCCUAACAUGUCUUACUUUGAGUUCAUCACAAUGGAUGGAGACAAGCGUGAUGUGGUCGACCUUCAAGAUGUGAAGCUUGGGUGCACUUACGAACCCGUGGUCACAAACUUCUCUGGUUUGUAUAGAAUGAGGGUGGGGGAUGUUCUAUUGGUGACUGGUUUCUACAACAACGCACCUCAGUUUAAGUUUGUAAGAAGAGAGAACGUUGUCUUGAGCAUAGAUUCAGACAAAACCAACGAGGAAGAUCUCUUCAAAGCUUUGAGUCAAGCCAAGCUUGUUCUUGACUCAUCAGAUCUCACCCUUGUAGACUUCACCAGCUAUGCAGACACCUCAACGUUUCCGGGUCAUUACGUGCUUUUUGUGGAAGUAAAGGCCAAAGAAGGGAACAAUCGUUUGGAGCUCAAUGAAGAGGCCUUCUCAAAGUGUUGUUCAGUGAUAGAGGAUUCGCUUGAUAAUGUUUACAAGAGAUGUAGGUUCAAAGAUGGAUCAGUGGGGCCUUUGGAGAUCCGAGUGGUUCCUCAAGGGACGUUUGAUUCUCUCAUGGACUUCUUCAUCAAACAAGGUGCUUCCAUUGGUCAAUACAAGACUCCUAGAUGCAUUAAAUCAGGAAAGGCCUUAGAAUUUAUGGAGGACUAUGUGGUUGCAAGGUUCUUUAGUACUUGAAAUUGUUGUUCUUUGAAUUGUUGGUCCAAGUGACUCGUGGUGGAGUCUUAGUUGCAAUAAAUUUACAUGUGCCAGUCUAUCUUGUGCACUUUCUGAAUAUUGCUAUUUUGUAGUAUGUUUUUCACUAGUUUUUCUGAAUAUUGAUAUUUUGUAGUAUAUUUUGAACAAGGCCAACAUUGACAACUUCAAAGUCUUUAAAAAAAAUAGAGCAUCUUAUGAAACAGAAAUGAAGUUAGAGAUAGGCUUAUUAAAGGCCCAAGAAUGAACCAAAUAGCUUUGAAUCGAAACCAAGCCCUUCUUUUAAUACUUUCCACCUUGCGUCAAGGCUUCCAAAACUGAAGUUGACAAUCCGGUUCACUUUUUCGUUUAACUGUCUUGGUCUUGUUUUUUUUUUUGUCAAAACUGUCUUGGUCUUGUUUAUAUGGUUAUUUUCUUGAUGCAAAAUCUGUUAUAUAUGAUGUUUGCAAGAUAUGAACUAAUUUCAUAUUUAUUAUAUAUAACUUAAAAUUUUACACAUUAUUUAAGUAUAACUCUAUUGAAUACUCUAUUUGUUUCAUAUUAAUUAUAGUUUUAACUUUUAAAUUUUAUUUCAUUACGGGUAUCGUUUUACAUUUUCAAAGUAAAUAUUAAAUAUUUUUCAAACUUUUGCCCUUACUUUUAAUUUAUCAAUAAAUAAAAUCAAAGAAACUAAUGUAUUAAAUAUGGAUAAAACAGAAAAAUUAGUUAUUAUUUUUAAUUCAUGUGCAAAACCUUAAACGACAAUAUAAAGAAAGAGGGAAUAUUUGAUAAAUCGUUUCAUGAAUAUUUCAGUUAAUUAUUAAGUGUCAUAAAUUGUCACUGUUUAAUAGUUUUUGAAUUUCUUAUGAUUUGUCCUUAAGAUUUUAGGAAAAAAAAACAGAAACAAGAUAAGUCUUGAGUUCCAAAUUUUAAAUAACUAACAUGUGUCCAACUAGUUCCAUAUCAAGAAUCUAUACUAUAUUAAAAAGGAUAUAUAAGCUCCAUUGAGCCUGUCCACGUCAGCAUAAAAAAUCAACCAAUAGGAGAUUAGAUAUUCGCCGCGUCAGACGCUCCGGGCGUGUCAUUUGCGCCUCACAUUCUACAUGCUCGAUAAUGUUCGGAAUAGAAAAGCCCGGAAAGCCCGUGAGCGCUGAAGUCCCCUUUCCCUUUUUCGCGAAGAACCAACCCUAAUUUAUCAAAAUCGAUCUUCGAUCCCCUUUCUCUUCAUCUUCUCUGUUUACUACGUUUGAUGAAUCUUUAUCGUGAUGGAGGCUUGCCGCAGAAAACCUUGCCGUCGCCGGCUCAACCUCCGUCUGAGAACCAGAGAACCGCGGCGGAGGUACAAAGGAGAAACGAGAAGAUCGCGAGAUUCAUAGAACUUUCUCAUGGAUCGUCGUAUGUGGCGGACGCAACAAAGUACCUCAGCGACAACAAUGGGAGAGCGAUGAAGAUCCAUGAAGAUCAUUGUCAUCGUCACUGUCAAAGAUCCAGCCGGAGUCAACAUGCAACCAAUGCUCAAUCUGUCCUCAAGUGUCUAUUUCAUCAUCGGCUGUUUACUACUGUGUUUAGUUGUUCAAUCUCCGAGAAACCAUUCCUCGAUGUGACGGAGUUCGAGCCAGUUUUUGUUUGUUUUGGGAAGAUGGUUCAGAACUUCGUAUAGUCGAACUCCCCGAUAGGGAAACCAAAUGUGGCCGCUACCGCUGCACGAUACCUCCUCCGACAAUGAAUUAGAUAUGUUCGGUGGUUCAUCUCAAAUAUGAUUUUUGACAUUGAGUUUGAUUCCAUGCGCGAGCGUCACGGAUAGGAACAUCUUAGCCGAUGCGUCGAAGGUAGUAAAGAAGAACAAAUCAGUGAAAUGAAAAGAUGACAUGAUUCUUAAGUCUGCAAGUCGUGAUAAUGUUCUUUUGAGUCAGCUUGAUAAGUCAGAGAUAAUUAAAUAUACAGGGGGAUAGAGGCAGUUGCUUCUUGACCGAAGACGAUGUGGCGAGGAAGGCAAAGGCUCUCACGUUCGUAGAGGCUUUGUCGUGAGUUAUCUUAAUUAGAUUUAUUAUAUAUGAUCAUUGCUAGUACGUUGACUCUUCAUGCAGAUGUUGUAAACACCAUGAGUCUUCCUUUUGGUCACGAUCAACAUGAGAUCGUGAUUGAAUAUUCAUGUUGAGGUCACCAUGAGAUCAGAGUUGAGAACUGUACCACAUUCUUUUUCAAUGCAAAAAACAACAGUUAGAAGUUGUGUAACAAACAAACAUCUUCUUUCCAAGAUGGUAAACAUUUCUCUUCUCAAACCUACUCUUCACCAAAUCUAUGUGACUGAUGAACUAAGACUUGCUAAUUUUCAGGUGAAUGAGUACAAUUUUGUUUGACUUAAUGUAUCUUUCUUAGGCUCUUAGCCAGAAUAGAACUGUGAUUUAGAGUUAUGUGUAUGCUUCAGAUUUGUUUUCCUCUUGAAAUAUUAUCAUAGAGUAGCUUUUUGGUUGCAAAAACUCAUUUCUGAUAUAGAAUUGUACAUGUCUAUUGGGUUUUAGGUAAGUGACAAGUUCUUAGAGGGAUAUAUCCCACUCUCUCUGUGCAGGAAUGGCUUAGUUUGGUUUAGAGACUCUAUCUCGGUUCCAUAGAAAUCAUAUAUCAUGUAAGUUGUGCCAAUCAUAUGUGAAUUAAAAUCUCUGUCUGCUCCAUAAGUUUUUUUAAUAGGUUUGGAUCUUAAAUAAUUUGCAGUGUGUCCAAUAGCUUCCAGAACAUUCUUGAGUUGUCGUUUUUCUCAUUUGCAGGGAUCAAUUCCUUAUGUCAUGUUUUUGAACAUGAACUGUGAACGGGUGCUAGCUCUCUGUUGCGUGCAUGAUGCAGAAGCCAAGCUGGUGCUGCUACGAAAAUUUGAUUGAUCAGUCAGUACCUCACCUGGUUGGGAGGCAAAGAAUCUGCGAAGCUAAUAAAAAAGAAAUUAACAAGAGUGUGUAAUACCAAGCUAACAACUUAAUUUACACAGUCAGGACAUCAAUAUUUACAGUCGUAUUCGCGUACUCAUUAUUCUUUCUUUUAUAUUUCAUUUCUUUUAAAUAAUUAUAAAAAUUAAGGUAGAUCCAGACCAAUGUAUUUUUUUACUGGUA